AUAUAGCUCCGCCAACACAGACAUGGGGGCAAUGAGCUGCACCUGUAAGACGUUGACCCUUGCAAGCAAAAUUCCUGAAUCCGCUAAUGCUUAUAAGCAAGGAGAGAAUCAUUAUCCAAAAACUUUGGCGGUGUGUUUGGCUCAUAAAAUACUUAAAGUCGUUGCACAUUAAUUUGGGGAAAACCUUGGCACUGAAAUCAGACAGAAAAAAAAAAAAAAAAAACUUGGCACCGAAAUGAAUUUUAUAUUUUGUGAGGAAUGUGUGCAGCAGUUGUCACAUAACAUGAAAGCCAAGCCCAAAGAAAAUGUGAUAUGGCCCAGAAAAAAAAAAUCAAUUGAAAUAACGAAAUCCCGACCCGUCAAAAUAAAGUUUGCCCUGUUUCACUUCGCUCAUCUUCCUCUACAGCUGCUGCGCUCCCGUCAACCAGCAACCACCAUCCACUGCGGCGACGACGACCUCCGCUUCCUCUCUCUCUCUCUCUUUCUUGCUCUCUCGGUCUCUCUCUCUACCCCUUCGCGUGAGCAAUAGGCCCCAACACUCAAACAACCACAAUUUUUUUUUUUCUGUUCUUGGUUGUUUAUUUGAUAUGUUUUCAUUGGUUUGUCUUGGAUAUUUGAGUGAAAAUCUAAUUUGAAAGCUGAUAAAUUUCUUCUGGGUUUUGCAGUGCUCUGUUUCACUUUGUUGAUUUUGCUAUUUUACUCUUGUGGAACUCAAUGUUUAAGCUUUGAACAGCGCCCAGGGGAUCCUCAACAGCCCCUCAACGGCAAACUUCGCCCGGAGGACCGUAUCCGAAAAGUCCAAUACUCGUGUCCGGAAUGUGGGAUACACGUAUCCGUUGACUUCAAUACGUAUCUAAUGCGUGUCGGACCGUAUCCGAAGAGUAUCGUAUCCAAACGAGUAUCCGAUACGGGAUACGCCACUAAAUCGCUUUCUGAAAAUUAUAAGCACCUUCGUUGGACUAUAUGCGGGGUAGCAGGAGACAAUCAAGAACUUGCUUCAUGUUCUUCUGGAUUGACAGAGAGAUAAGGCCAAUAUUUGGCACGUGCCACGACGACUCACGUGUGUAGGAGGUCACUUCACACUACAGCUUCUUCUUCUAUUCUUCACCCACCUCCCAACCCAACUCACUGUAACUCAAUGGCAACGGUGGACCUAACUGAACCCCCAACAGUAGAAACUUUAUGCCCAGAAACCCCUUCUUCUUUUUCUUCUUCUCCUCCGCUUUCUCCAAAAUCAGCAACCCCAUGUCCCCAAAACCCAACCCAAAGCCCCUCCUCACCGUCAUCAGUACUAGCGACACCGCUAGCAAGGCUAUGGAGACCCACUGCACAGAGAAACCUGAGAAAUCAAUGGUCCAAAUUAGCUUCUUACAGACAGCAAUGGGCAUCUUCUUCUUCUACUGCACGAUCACAUGCCACCGCUCUUGUAAACGCCUAUCUUUCUCAAAAAUACAUGCCUUCCAUGGAGUUGGGCGCCUUGAGGGAUAUUCCUAAUAUAAAAAAGAAAGCUUCUCAGAAAUUGUUUAAGCAGCAGGUGCUUCAUCGAGGCAAACUUUUAUCAUCAUAUAAACACAUGGUCUCAGUUGUAAUUCACAUGGUUAACAUUAGUAGAUCCAUGAAAUGCUUUCUCAAAGGCGCAAGCAGUAGCCCACUUGUACACUUUUCUGGCUAUUCCGAAGAUAAGAAUGAUCCUGGGGAUGGUGGUGGAAUUCCAGUCUUUACAUUUUGGACGAUCUCUUGCUUCGAAGAAGUGGCAGAGGAGCUUGUCCAGAUGUUUAUAUUGGAGUUAAAUUUGAAGCGUUUGCUAGUGGUGGAGUUGCUAUCCAUUAGUUGCAAAGUUCCACCUUUAAACAGUUUGCAUUGGUCAGAUGAGCUUUAUCCGGGAGAAUUUAGUGAUUUGAGUAUAUGUAACUUAUACUCUGAGGAAACUUGUAAGCCAGUCUAUCCAAGAUUGGAUGAUCAGAAAUCUGGAAUGCCAGCUGCGCGAUUUAACCAGCAGCCAGAUCAUGAUGUUUUGCAGGUUUAUCUAACAACAUGGCUUGCAGAGGUGAACAUAGAUUCUGACAGGGUGGAUGAAAUAUUUGUGGAAGUUGGCGAUGAAAUGCAUGUUAUGAUUUCAUGAGUUGCUGGCCUGUCUAGAAACAAAACGUUUGAAAUUUUGUCAAGGAGGUAUUUAUGUUGAUAUGCUGAAGAUUUGAGACUCUUUUGAAGCGUCCGUGUUAUUUGUAAAGAGGGAAAUGCUUGAAAAUGCCCGAAGGUUGAUUCUGCCAAAGUCCCCAAGCCCCAUAUAGACCACAGGAAAAAACAAAGAACCUUCAAAAGGUGUAGGCGUCUACAUAACAGAAGUCAUUCCAACUUUGCAAGUGAAUUGAAAUACUGAUAUUACUGUAGUUGUUUAUGUUACAUGACCCGUAUUUAACAUAAAUUAGAACUAAUUCCUAUCAAUUGCUUUUAAUCUUUGCUUAAAGUUUUCAUGGACUAUUUGGCAAUUUUGAAGCUGAAAUUACUGAGAACAGGUAAGCGCAGUAAUUUUGAAUUUGAUGUCUCAGCCUCAACGACUCUUCUCAAGCCAGUGUGUUUUGACUUCUUAUUUGGAAAGUGUAUAUGUAUUGAUCAAAUUAUAGCUUUAAUUG